UCAAGUGCAGUAGACGAACCGUUGCCGUCACUGAGGUUGCUUCUAGGAGUUUCAAUCGCUUCCCAUAGUGGCAACCAACACGAUACAAGUACUUGGAUGCCCGUGUGUCCUGUAACAUACACAGAAGACAUCGGCUAAAGGUGCACGUCGUUCACUGUGCUGGUCGCAGCGCUCUUUUUUUCUGCCGCAGCGACACUGAUCCCAGUGAUAAGUGAGUUUCAAGAGUACAAGAAGCUUCGUAUACUGAAAGAAUGGCCGGAGGGAGUGACAGGUUCAAGCCCAAUACGGAGCUGGUGCCGUUGAAGAUUGUACUUUUCUUAUGGUACGGAGGAACUGCCUGCCUGCUGCCGUUCCUCACAGUACACAUGCGACAAUUGGGUCUGAGCGUGGAGGAAACUGCUAUCAUCUACACGAUCAUCCCGUUCGCGCAACUUCUGGGUCCUAAUAUGGCUGCCUUCCUGGGCGACAAGUACGGUCGAUAUAAGCACGCCCUCCUCGGCUGUCUCAUCUUGACCGCACUCUCUGGGAGCAGUCUUCUACUCGUUCCUCAGGCCGUAGGGCCUCCACCCCCACCUCCCACUAUCCAUCUCCUCUGCGGGCCCUCUCUAGAGCUGGAUGUUGUCGUUGACCACUGUGGAGACGAGCACGGUAACUGCCCGGAACCUGCAGCCGGACAGGCGUUACCAGUGCAGCUUGCAGACUGCAACCUUGACUGUCCUGACGAUGAUUACCCACACGGCAUUGAAGACGCUGGUAUCUGCUUCACGGAUGAUUACGACAACAAAGAAUGUCACCGAGUCGACGAGAACGAAGCCUUAAACAGUCGGAUGGCUGUUGGACUGUACUUGCAACCUGCGAGGGACCCGGACUCGAUUUGCUUUCACCCUGUAACUGCUGUGCUGUGGGACAGUCACACGUUUCACAAUGUUUCUUGUAUGAAGCACCUUCCAGAACAUGACCACACCAACUGUUCUCUCAAGUGCAACAUAGAGGAUAUUCCAGCAGUGAAUACAACAUCAGCUGCGGAAUUUUGGCACGCCGAAUGCACGCCUCCUGAAGGAAGUGACAGGCGUAUCACCAUCAGUAUUUAUUUUCUCUUGCGAGUCAUCUUUCAGAUCUUGGUGUCUGUCUGUUUCACGUUUGUGGACGCGACGACAGUGUCAAUGGUUCGCAUACACGAAGGCCGCUUUGCAUGGCAAAGAUUUUGGGCCAUCGUGGGCUCUGUGUUCUCUGCGCCCAUUUCGGGCUUCUUCAUUGACGUAACAAGUGAGCACGUCAUAACCGGCUUCGACUAUUCACCGGCAUUCUACAUGUUCAACGUGUUCACUGUGCUUACCGCCAUUUUUACGUACGUUCUUGACCUUGACGUAGCGCACCCAGGAAAAAGUGGCUUGCGCCGUGUACGUGAGCUCCUCAGGGUACGUGAACUGCUCAGCUUAUUUUUGGUGGCAUUAGGGCUGGGGAGUGUGUACGGGUUUCUUGAGUACUUUUUGUUUUGGUACCUCUUGGAUUUGGGGGCACCAAAUUACUUGCUCGGCUUGACCAUAUCCGUCGGUGGCCUCACGGGCUUUGCAUUUCUGUACGAAUCAAAACGUUUUUUCAACAAGUUGGGGUACGUGAACAUUAUCAUCCUUGCUGGGCUAGUGUACUGUGCGCGGCUUGUUGGAUACUCCUUCAUCGGCAAUCAUCCGCUGUGGUGUAUUCCGCUAGAGAUGCUAGAAGCAAUGACGUUCCAUUUACUCUGGGUGGCAGUCGGAAGCUACGGAACCCAACACGCGCCACAAGGACUAAAAGCUCCAGUUCAAACAUGUGUUGGGGGUCUCUACUUCGGCGUAGGUCGAGGCGCCGGCAGCGUUUUAGGAGGCACGGCAAUGUACUUCCUGGGAGCGGCAACUGCAUUCCGAAUCAUGGCUGGAGUAGCAGCCCUCACGUCUUUGUCUUACGCCACAAUCUACUACUGUUGUUUGAAUAAGCCCUGGGUCAAAAGGAGAAGUACUACAAACCAAGUUGCAACAGACAAGACUACGACAACAAGGCAGGAUACAACCGCAAACGGGGCACCACCAAAAGAGAUUGUCACACAGAGUGACGAUGUGGACGUCAUUGAAGAAGACCCUGCACCACCGUCAGCUGAAGACAAAGUCUCAUAAAUCUAGGCACUACACCUACACCGCACAAUUUCAACGUCGACUCACUUCAGUUGGCAACAUACAUGUGGCAAUAUGCAAGGGUUCCUCGAAUGGUUCAAGGCUUCAUUGGAUACUCAACGCAUGUGCGUUAGCACCCAGUGAAUGUGCCGAUGGCGCAUGAAAUGUAUUUGGACACCUAGUGAUUUUAACGGAAAAAUAACGCGACCUGAAAUGCAGGAAUUACACAAGAACUAUGAGCCAUCCCAGUGAGUUUUCGAAAUACAGUUCAUCAUUUGAAAGAAAGCCCACAACCGUAGUGACACGAACUCUGAAUGAGUGAGUUAAGUCGAAGCAUUUGUUCCCAUUUCGAAAAUAAGAUACGAUACGACACACGUUAGAGAAGUAUCGAGUUGUCGUAAUGAUCAUUUCCUUCAUCCGUUCUGUGUAUCUCUGGUCAACGUUUGAUUGCACACCAGUAACAUAUACUCCUCCACGUGCAGACGUUUCACUAAGAUAGCGUGUCGUGCAGUGAUGCAGUGAUAUACUUCAGUGAACAAACAAAAACAAAAGUGAACAAAGGAACUGAACUGCAGGUGCUAGAGAACUACUGUGUCAGGCCUCUUGCUGGCUGGGUUAGAUUUGACGAGACUCUUCUACAACUCUCAGCACAGUGUGAAGACAGCAGUUGACCGGAUACAUUAUCAAGGGAAAAGAAUGACAGCAUUUUGGCUUCUCAUUGUCCGAACCAGGAGGCGCACACGCACGCGAAGCGGUGCUUCACCAAGUCACGAGACAGUUUACGUGCUGGUUGGCCUUGUGAGUGCUAUGCGGUGGAGCGUUUGGAGCGUACAGGCAGAUCGCUCGGAAAUAACGCGUCACCACCACCGUUUAGAGCGUAAUUGCGCAGCUCGUGUUUAAAAUCACCUUAGAUGUCGAGCUCUACGCAGUGGCGGUCCCAAGGGGGGGGGGGGGCGGUAGCCCCCCCCCCCCCCCAAAGCAUAGCCUGGUUCAGUUUUCGUAUCUUCCCCAACCUUUUCUCGCACGAAGUCCUAUCACUGGCCAGUGAUAGGAUUUCGUGCGAGAAAAGGGUGAGCCCGUGUCCAGGACCCCUCCCCCCCUCGCACCCAAAUGGAUAGCGACUGGCUGAAGGCUCGCAGACGUCGCCCCCCCCCCCCCAAAGUACUUCGCUGGGACCGCCCCUGGCUCUACGCUAGAAGACACAUUGUCGGGGCAGUGUGACAGAGCAUGUGUUUCAAUGUAUCUACAUAAAGUUAAGUGUGGGGGUUGAACAAGAAAUGACAGCAAUAUGAGUUAGUAAGCUGAUAAAGCGCUAUCCCUACGCUGAUGAUGAUAACUGCGUUACAGCAACGUCAUUGAACACUCUGGUAAUCGUUAGUGAUGCCCAUGAAAACAGCUAAAAUUAGCUUGUCGAAGAGGAAUAACUGUUGAGAAAGCGCAGGGCAUCGGCUGUGCUAUCUGGGAGUCUUCCUUGGGGUUUCCUCAAGCGCUAUGAAGCAAAUGUCAGCACAGUUCCCCGCGAAGGUGGCCCAUCACGCACGAUCAACACGCCAAUGCAUCCGUGGGCACCAAUCGACAAGCUAAAGCGCUGGCAGAUCGAUAAGUUGAUGAUGGACGCUGCUGACAUCGGGGGAGGUAUGCAGAUUUUUUCCAGCUUGUGGACGCUGAUAGUCGUCCGCGCGAAAUGAACGAGACAUUCGACUCCACGACAAUCUCUAGACGAUCCACGGAAACCGCCUCCAAACGGCAGAUGCAUCCCUCCUGCAGCCCCACAACAAUAGAAAUAACUAUCACGCGCCUGAUGGCUAUCUCGUCCGGGGGCUGCCAUAUUGUUCCACGCCAAGCCCAACAGAAAUUGUUCAUCGGAUGAGUAUCGCCUGCGGUAUUUAACCGUUCACAAAUAAUCAAGUAAUUUCAAUUUUCUAGCUCAAUGCAAUUUCACAAAGCAUUGUUUUCUGAAACGCUAGUUAAACAGAGGGCGGAGACUAAAGAACCUGGUACAUCAAUAUUUUUUGCGAACAUGCCUGGGUAGAUGAUAACAUGUCGAGACAGCGGGAAAUUCUUUAUAUGAGUGAUGAUGUACGCACUGUCAUCUUCGCUACAGACAUCUCUCUUUCACUAAAUGGUCACCCUGUCUAGAUCGACAUUUUAUGCAGGGUAUCGGUGGAAGUUCACGGUGUACAAUAUGGCGGCACUAUACGAAUUGCACAUGUGGGAUGUUAAACGUGGGGUUGGCUUGGGGGGUCGAGAGCACGUUAAAGAACUCAUAGCUCCGCAAAACUAAAAAUUUGUGUUAGUGGCGGCAGGCAGACCCACAACAACGUCGCAUUAAACCAGCAAACCGCAUGCUGUUGCGGAUAGACGUGAAAGGCUGUACUAAAGGCUGUGACGUGGAGGUGCAGCAUUUGUGCAAAUGCAAAAAAUUGUGUUUCUGCAAAUAAAAUAUUACUACCAGUUGA